AUGCAGAACACAGAGAACAACACUCUGACAGUUAACCCUCAAUGCUCCUAUAAGGAGGAUGACACACACAGCUUGCCAAGAAUCAAGUCUAGAUGCACAACAUUGUCUAGAGCAUCUAGUCAAACAAAUCUGACUUCAGCUAGCGCAGAUUCAGCAAGAUCUAAGCGUACUAGUUCUAGACAUUCAAGCAUCACCAGUCUGUCAUCGGCUAGCGACAAAGCGACUAAGGCAAGAGCAAAAGCAGAGGCAGCUUGCGCCAUGGCUUCUUAUGCGGAGCAAGAAGCUGAAUUGAUGAGAGAAAAAGCAAAGAGUGAAUCUGAAGCACUCAAAAAGAAAGCAGAAGUGGAAGCAUCUUUACACUUACUCAAACAGCAGAAAAACGCUGCAGCAGCUUUAGCCGAGGCAGAAGUUUUCACAAGGGCUGCCGAAGCUCAGUACGAUGGCAUAGAAAACCAGACGUCAUCCCACAGCGCAAUCCAGCGCACCCGUGAGUACGUACAGUCACAAGCAACCAUGUACACCGACCAGCAGUCCAACGACGCACCUAGGUCUUCAUUGACUCCACUAGCAAUAAGCAACUUUGAUACUACGCAACAUUGCAAGGCUGAAUCAGGAUCCCAGAGUGGGAAGUCAAGUGGUCGCAUGCUCGGAGACCAAUCUGCCAACCCUCCAAGAGUGCAAACGGAUGCUCGCGUACUCCCUCCUCAAGCAAAUACAAGUCUGGACUAUAGCAGAAAGACUUACAACAGACGAGAACAACCACCUAAACAAAGUGGAUUCAGUCAAGCGCCUCAUCAGCCUUACCAGCAGCAGCCAUACCCUGAGUUUACACCCGAGAUGUAUUCGCCAGACGCAACAAGUGCUAUAGAAGUGGCAAAAUUCCUGAUGCACCAUGAGAUAGUAGGCGCUGGUCUCAUGAAAUUCGAUGACCGUCCAGAAAACUACUGGGCCUGGAAGUCAUCUUUCCUGAGUGGUACCCAAGACUUAAAUCUGACAGAGAAAGAAAAGUUUGACCAGCUCGUCAGAUGGCUAGGACCAGAGUCCACUGAGCAAGCCCAAAGGAUCAGAUCAGUACAUGUUCAUGACGCAGCAGCAGGACUUGCAAUGGUGUGGCGGAGACUAGAACAAUGCUAUGGAUCACCUGAAGUGAUCGAGGAUGCUCUGCUGAAAAGGAUAGAAAACUAUCCAAGAAUAACAAGUAAGGAUUACCAAAAGCUGAGAGGUUUGGGAGACCUACUCUUAGAAAUAGAAGCCGCUAAGUCUAGUGGAUAUCUGCCAGGUCUCUCAUAUCUGGAUACAGCACGUGGAGUUGAGCCCAUAAUCGAGAAACUUCCUUACAACUUGCAAGAAAGGUGGGUAGCUCAAGCUUCAAGAUACAAGAAAGAUCAUCGAGUUGCAUUUCCACCGUUCGCCUUCUUCGCUGAAUUCAUAGAAGACCAAGCUGAAAUACGCAAUGACCCAAGCUUUGCUUUCCUGAACAAGAGAACGGCAAGCUUCCCAAAGGUAGAGCAGAAACCUCCAGGGCUUUACAAAGAACGCAGAGCAACAGUUUCUGUAAGGAAGACAGAAGUUCCGCCUGAAUCUGCAGCCAAUCAGGAAGACAACACAAGGAAGAAAGUUGAGGAGCCAGACAAAAUAUGUCCUAUCCACAACAAGCCUCAUCCACUAAGAAAAUGUCGCAGUUUCAGAAGUAAGACAUUAGAAGAGCGCAAAGCUUAUCUUAAAGACAAUCGCAUUUGUUUCAAAUGCUGCGCUUCAAUUCAGCAUCUUGCAAAAGACUGUACAAAAACAAUACAAUGCGCAGAGUGUAACAGUGACAAACACUUGUCAACACUGCACCCGGGACCACCACCAUGGAAACAAGAAGUUCCGGCAACUCAAGAAGACCAUGGUGGGGAGCAAGGCGAGAGUACAAUGCCAGCAGUAACCUCAAAGUGCACUGAGAUCUGUACAGAGCAGGGCCGCUCAAGAUCAUGCUCCAAGAUAUGCUUAGUCAAGGUGUAUCCAGCAGGUUUCAGAGAGAAGGCAAUCAAAAUGUACACAGUCUUGGAUGAACAGAGUAACAGAUCUCUGGCAAAAACAGAAUUCUUUGACCUCUUCGGUGACAAAGGAAGUCCAACUCCAUACACCUUGAAGACUUGUUCUGGAGUUGUAGAGACAAUAGGGAGAAGAGCAAAUAACUACAUCAUCGAGUCAUUAGAUGGAAAGACAAAGGUGACUCUUCCUACCCUCAUAGAAUGUGAUGAGAUACCAGACGACAGGUCAGAGAUUCCCACACCUGAAGUUGCUCGUCAUCACCCACAUCUGGUGCGAAUAGCAGACCAAAUACCAGCACUAGAUCCAGAUGCUGCAAUUACCCUUCUACUCGGGAGAGAUAUUCUCAGAGUGCACAAAGUCAGAGAACAGUACAAUGGGCCACACAAUGCACCAUUUGCACAACGCCUUGAUCUCGGAUGGGUCAUCGUUGGAGAAGUAUGUCUAGACGGACUGCACAAACCAGCAAAGGUAAAUGUCUACAGAACACAUCUGUUGCAGAAUGGUCGUACAUCUUGUCUUUGCCCAUGUACCAACAGUCUACACAUUAAAGAGAGAUUAGAUAACCCAAAACAUCAUCGAAGUAUACAGAGGUGCAUGGAAGACUUAGCCUCAACUGGAAAUACAGAUAAACUGGGUUGUAAGGUGUUUGAAAGAACACGAGACGACGACAAGCCAGCACCCUCGGUGGAAGAUACCCUCUUCCUUGAGAUCAUGGACAGAGAAGUCUACAGAGACAAGUCAGGCAGCUGGGUAGCCCCUCUACCCUUCCAGUCACCACGCCAUCGCCUUCCUGACAACAGGGUACAAGCAGAGAAACGCUUCAGUUUGUUGCAGCGCACUCUACAAAGAAAGCCAAAUAUGAAGAAACACUUCCAAGCCUUCAUGCAAAAGAUUUUUGACAACAAGCAGGCAGAAAGGGCACCACCACUACAAGAAAACCAAGAACACUGGUACUUACCAAUAUUUGGGGUGUAUCAUCCUCAGAAACCAGGUCAGAUACGUGUAGUAUUUGACUCUAGUGCGAAGCACGAAGGCAUCUCAUUAAAUGACGUCCUUCUCAGCGGACCUGACCUGAACAACACACUCCUUGGAGUACUCAUCAGGUUCAGAAAAGAACUCGUAGCAGUAACAGCAGAUGUACAACAGAUGUUCUACUGUUUCUUCGUUCGAGAAGAUCACAGAGACUACUUAAGGUUCCUGUGGUAUGCAGACAAUGACUUUAACAAAGACAUCACAGCGUACAGGAUGAAGGUACAUGUGUUUGGAAACAGCCCUUCCCCAGCUGUAGCUAUCUACAAUCUGAAACGAGCAGCACAGCAAGGUGAAAGACAUGGUCAAGAAGCCAAACAGUUCGUCAUGAAGAACUUCUACGUGGACGAUGGACUUGCUUCUUUCUCCAGCAACGAAGAAGCUAUUAACGUCCUGAAAAGUACAAAAGAAAUGUUGGCAGAAUCCAACAUAAGAUUAAACAAGGUAGCUUCCAACAGCUACAGAGUCAUGGAAGCAUUUCCAAUGGAAGACCGUGCUAAAGACCUCAAAGACUUAGAUCUAGGAACAGAAUCACCACCCUUGCAAAGAAGUCUUGGGCUUAGUUGGGACCUAAAGACUGACAGUUUCACCUUCAGGGUCUCCAGAGAAGAGAAACCAUUCACAAAAAGAGGCGUCCUAUCUACAGUCAACAGUCUUUAUGACCCCCUGGGAUUCGUAGCACCCAUCAUCAUGCAAGGCAAAGCUCUUUUGAGACAGAUCACUACUGAGCAAGAACAAAUUGACUGGGACGUACUUCUUCCUGAAGAGAAGCAAAUGCAGUGGAAGUUGUGGAAAGACUCAUUGUUAGAGCUUGAACAACUCAACAUUCCAAGACCGUACGUAUUUGUUUCCUUGUCUGCUACAAAGAGGAGAGAAUUAUGCGUAUUCUCUGACGCUUCCACUAUGGCUAUUGCAGCUGUAACUUACCUUAGGGUAAUAGACACUGAGGGACAAAGCCAUGUUGGGUUCAUCAUGGGAAAAUCUAAACUAGCUCCCAGACCUGCUCACACUGUCUCACGUCUAGAACUUUGUGCUGCUGUCUUAGCGGUAGAGAUGGCAGACAUGAUUACUACUGAACUGGACAUUGAGAUCCAUGCAGUGAACUUUUAUACAGACAGCAAGAUUGUGUUAGGAUAUAUUCACAACGCUUCAAAAAGAUUUUACACAUACGUGACCAACAGAGUGACACGUAUCAGAAAGUCUACAAGUCCAGAUCAGUGGCAUCACAUCAGCACAGACAAGAACCCAGCUGAUCAUGGGACAAGAUUGGUGUCAGCCGCUGUACUCAAGCAAACUAACUGGUUCGUAGGUCCAUCGUUUCUUGGUAAGCCAGAAACCAAAGAGACUACUCAGGUAGAGACCUUUCAGCUCAUAGAACCAGAUCAAGACAAAGAGGUAAGACCUCAAGUUGCAGUUUGUAAGACUUUAGUUACCAGAGACAGUCUGGGCGCCCAUAGAUUUGAAAGGUUUUCCAGUUGGAAGUCUUUAACCCGUGCAAUCGGAAAACUUAUCUGUCUAGCUAGAUACUCCUGCAGAGCUACUAAUACUGAUCAGCGUAGCAACGACCAUCUUGAACAAGCUAAGGUCGCGAUCAUCAAAUGCAUCCAGCAGGAAGUCUUUAAAGAAGAAAUUCAAAGCCUUCUGAAAAAGGAAGAGAUUUCUCGACUCAGUUCGCUCAAGAAGUUGAACCCUAUCCUCGACGAAAACGGAGUACUAAGAAUUGGAGGUCGUUUGUCGGCAGCAGAUAUGACUAUUCAAGAGAGACAUCCCUUCAUCAUACCUAAGAAUCAUCACAUCGCUCUUCUUCUGGUAAGACACUAUCAUGAGCAAGUUGCACAUCAAGGACGACACUUCACUGAAGGAGCAGUACGGUCAGCAGGAUUGUGGAUCAUAGGAGGUAAGAGACUAGUCUCCAGCGUGAUCAGCAAAUGCGUUACCUGUAAGAAGAUUAGAGGGAAACUUGAGGUUCAGAAGAUGUCAAACUUACCUGCAGACAGACUUGCUUCAGAUCCUCCGUUCACUCACGUAGGUCUAGACGUUUUUGGACCAUGGAACAUCUCUUCUCGCAAGACCAGAGGAGGCAGUGCCGAAAGUAAACGUUGGGCUGUUCUGUUCUCCUGUCUGAGUACUAGAGCAGUUCAUAUUGAAGUGAUUGAAUCUUUAUCCACUUCAAGUUUCAUCAAUGCCUUGAGAAGAUUCUUCUCUAUCAGAGGACCAGCGAAAUUGAUUCGUUCAGACCGUGGCACAAACUUUAUUGGGGCCUGCAAGGAGUUGAAGAUCAUCUCUACAGACUCUGAAACAGGUUCCUAUCUUCAAGAUCAAGGAUGCACUUGGACUUUUAAUCCUCCACACGCAUCGCAUAUGGGAGGAGCCUGGGAGAGGAUGAUUGGAGUAGCUCGUCGUAUUCUGGAUGCCAUGCUCCUGAAGGUUGGGUCUACUCGCCUCACUCAUGAAGCUUUGACUACACUAAUGGCUGAAGUCAUGGCCAUUAUGAACGCCAGACCUUUGGUUCCAGUGUCUACAGAUCCGGAGAUGCCGUCAGUCUUGACACCCGCAAUGCUGCUGACCCAGAAGAUGGAACCAGUGACAGCUCCCUCAGGAGACUUUGACCUCAAGGACUUGUACACCAAGCAAUGGAGACAAGUUCAAAGUCUUGCGGACAUUUUCUGGAAGAGGUGGAGACAGGAAUACCUGGUGACACUCCAGCCACGCAAGAAAUGGCAAGAUGACAAACCCAACUUACAAGUUGGAGACAUUGUCUUAUUAAAAGACACUCAGGCCCACAGGAACGAAUGGCCUAUUGGACUCAUUGUGGGGACUGAUCCUAGUAGUGAUGCUAGAGUUAGAAAGGUUGAAGUUAGAAUUGUUAGACAGGGCAUUCCCAAGGUGUAUGCUAGGCCAAUUUCCGAAGUAGUUUUACUUCUGUCCAAAGGUUAGUGGCAUAACAAAAGGUAUGCCAGGUGGGGAGUGUGCUGCCUUUGCAAUGUAUAUUACAUGCUUGGCACUCAGCAGUGUCUGUUUCUUUAAGACCCUCCAUUUUCUUGAUGCCUAGAGGCGGGUCUUCUCUGUAUGUCUAAGGCUUGCUGGGACAUUUCCUGUUUCAUUCCAGCUCUAGCUACUGUAGUGACCAGAUCCACAAGACAUCUUAAAGCUAUCACAAUUUGCAAACCUGACGAACACCAAAGCCUGUGAGUAAAGGGGUUUUGCUAGUUCAGCUUGUGUAGAGGGAUGCUAGACAUUGCAGAUAGAUAAUGUGUGUUUCAGAGUAGUAGGCAAGCACAUGUUAGGCCUAUCUUUUGUAUUAGCUAUGUAUAAUGUAUGUUGCUUGAAUAGCCAUGCUUACAUUUGUUUUCUAUGUUUGUUUCACAGUUUUACCAUAUCAUAUCAAAUCAAAUCAUAUCAAAUCACAUCACAUCUCAUCCCAUAUCAUCAUACUAUUGUACACAUUCCUGUUCAUUAUAUCUCAGUAAAGAUUGCAUCAGUUCAACAAC